AUGACCAGUCAACAGUGGAGAUACGGAGAAGACUCCGGCCCCUCAUCUUGGUGCAAAGACUAUCCCACUGUCCAGAGUGACCAGCAAUCUCCGAUCAACAUUGUUCCUGCUGAGACUGAGUAUGGUGACUGCCUGCGCCCCCUCAUUGUCUCAUAUGAGCACUCCAACUCCGUUAACAUCUCUAACAAUGGAAGCUCUGUAGUUGUUGAGUAUGAUGAUGUGCAUGAGGCACCAGUAAUUGAGGGAGGCCCUCUGGAUGAUGUCUACAGGCUAAAACAGUUUCAUUUCCACUGGGGUGGGGAUGAUUACCAUGGUUCUGAGCACACAGUUGAUGGGAAGGCCUAUGCGGCUGAGCUUCAUCUGGUCCACUGGAACACUAUGAAGUACAAGACCUUUGGCGAGUCUAUGAUAGCUCCCAAAGGUCUUGCUGUACUUGCAGUCUUUUUAGAGACAGGGGGUGAACAUGAAGGUUUACACAAGAUAAUGGAUGCUUUGAAUAUGGUCAAGUUUAAAGGAAAAGCUGCAGAUUUCAAAGGCUUCAAUCCCAAGUGCCUUCUUCCAAACAACCACAAUUACUGGACAUACUCUGGCUCUCUGACCACACCACCACUACAUGAGAGUGUUACCUGGAUCCUCUUUAAAGAGCCCAUUAAGGUGUCUGAGAAACAGAUGGGAAAGUUCCGGACCCUACUGUUCAGUGAAGAGGGGGAUGAUGAGCGAUACAUGGAGAACAACUUCCGAUCACCUCAGCCCCUCAAAGGCAGAAAAGUCUAUUCCUCCUUCCGAAGCUAA